AUGACGGCUGCGGAGACUCUGUAUGUCAAUGCCAUUGCAGGCGUCCGUGCAGCCGUACUCGAGACACAGAGAGCCAAGGAAGACGGCACAUUGGUAGCAUCAAUGCUGUUAGCCAGCUUCGAGCGGUACAACGGGAGUUCCGAGAAGACCACGAGUACGUGGGAGGUUCACGCCGAAGGUGUGAGCUGGCUUGUCGAGAAUCGAGGCAUCAACCAGACUCGGACAAGUCUUGGGCGAGCGGUCUUCCGCAAGGCUAGAGAGAUUAUUAUCGAUGCCGCAUUCUGCCGAGAUGUUGCCGCCCCUUCGUUCGUGAUCACGUACUCUCAGGCCAUCGGCCGUGACUCCAAGAGUGGCAUGGACGACCAGUUAGCGAUACUGGAGGCACGUGCCUCCGCGCUGUGGUCACGAUACAGCACAGGUGAGCUUGUGACAAGCCUGCAUGAGCAAGCUUGGACACUUCGGCAAGACCUGGAACUUUGGGAGCGCGAUAUGGCCAGCACAGACCCCGCUUGCAGAGCCUCUCAGGGAGUCCUGAGUAAAGUGCGAGCGAAUAUGUGUCGUAUAAUAGCAUUGAGGCUUGCUGCAGCUCUAUGCGAGAGACAAGCUCAGCAGCGAGAGGCGCUGGUUGAGCACUCAAGCCAAGAAAAGGUGGACUCCUCGAGAAUCGUCGUGACCGAGCUCUGUCGUAGUGUUUCAAACGUUCUACAAGGCUUCGCCGCCACAGAAAUCGAAGAAACUCCCACGAUGAGUGCCCUCGGCUUGGCGAGACCGCUCUACAUUGUCACGAAGAUUCUGGUCGACGAGUCAAGGCAAGGUAUAUCAGAUGGCUUCCUUCUGGAUCUGUUGGCUUCGCAGACUCGAUGUGCACUAAGGAUGUUACACCACCUUAGUCUCAAAGCUGGCGAUCAGUGCUCGGUACGGAUGUUGCAGGCCAUAAAGCUGCAGUACGGCAACGCAGAGCUGCGACAGGACCAAGACUCCGAAUUGGGCCACGAAAUAGAUACCUGGUGUUCGGUCGGCUCCGGUCGAAGUGGACAAUGA